AUGAACGACUAUUUUGGCAGAGAUUCCUGGAAUGAUUUCUGGAGAGUGAUUUAUGGUGAGGGAGCGGUGCUCCGGUGGCGGCUGGGUGGCAGGGUGGUGACCGGGUGGCGGAUCGGUGGCUGGCCGAAGAAAAAAAAAGAGGGGCCCGGGGAGCUGAGCGGGGAGCUAGUGGAGGGCCGCAGGCUAAGCGGCGGGGGCCAGGGCGGAGGCCGCAUGGUCGGCGGCGGGCUGGGCGGCGGCGGUCGCAGGGAGCCGGAGGCAGGGGGACAGGAGGUGGGUUGCAGGUGGUGGGCUAGGUGGUGGUCCAAGCUGGGCGGCGGCAGUGGAGCCAGGCGGAGCGGCGGGGCCAGGGUGGGUGGCGCGCGGGGAUCGAGAUUUGCGGGCGACGGUCGGAGGAAGCCGAAGGUUGGGGAGCUGGGGGCCACUAGGGGCCAGCAAGGAGCCACGGGGGCCGGAAAAGAACACUGGGAAGAACCUGCUACGGGGGUCGGAAAGGGCAGCCGGUGGGGGCCGGAGGCGCCGCCAGCGGGGGCCGUAGAGGCCGGACUGACAGGUCUGACAUGCCUGUCAGUCCGGUACCCUGCGAAUGGGAACAGGUGGUGGGCUGCAGGCGACGGUCCAAGCUGGGUGGCAGCAGUUGAGCCAGGUGGAGCGGCGGGGCCAAGCUGGGCGAUGCGCGGGGACUAG